AUAGCAACUGUGUAACCAGUUAUGGUGGAAAAGAAAGGCUAGUUUAUAUUUUUUUGUGAUUUUGUAACAUGAAAGAUGGACACUCAAGUUUCAUUCCAGAACGAUAUAGUCGAUCCCAAGUCGAAUCUACCUAUGCCACAUCUGUCUUUUAUCAUCAACUUUUUGUUACCAAAGCGUCUGGUUGGUCGAAAAAGAACUGAGCGCCAACUUGAAUAUUUCAAAAAUGUUGUAGAUGGAGACCCCGAUGUUGACAAAGAAUUCUUUAAGCUGAUUUUGGUUGGGAGUGUAGCAGAAGGUUACAAUAUCCCUGAUGUCAUGUUAAGGUCAAAUCCGUUCAAGGUUGAAACUCACGCUGAUGCCGACAUUUUACUCGAGAUACCUGCCAUGUUGAUUUCUGUAGAUGGAUCAGAAGAAAUUCAAAAACUCCGUUUGGUUGUACAUGACAUUCAUCCUGGAUAUGCCCGUAUAGAAGUAACUAAGCCGAAAGAAGACGAUGAUUCAUUCGUAUUUUUGGACAAAGAAAACAAAUUUUACUUGAGUGGAUCGAAAAUGAGGUCAAAAAUAUUAGCAUCACUUCCGGCAGAUCUGGAGCCACAUGGUCCUGCGAUUUCAACCCCUGUUCCGACAGCUUCUGCAUGGCAGGACAUUAUGAAACAAAUAAAAACAGAUAAAAUGUCUGAACUUCAUUCUCAUGAUUAUGUUUAUGCUUUGCCUUGCAAUAAAUGGCCAGAUUGUGCAAAAUUAUGGAUUGAUCGACAGGAAAGGGGGGAUUGGUUGGACAAUAAAACAAUUAACCAAGUGGUGGAGUUGGGCGUUCAUGUAGUAGCAGUACCACACAGGAAAAGUGAACUUCCAGAUUUAGAAUGGAGAAUAUCGUUUGCUGUGACAGAAAGAUAUUUAGCUCAGAAGAUCAUAACUGACGAACAAAGGCAGUGCUAUGUUUUCCUGAAAAUAAUUCAUUUUCAGACAUUGAAAAAAUUAGACCUGUUGUCGUCUUAUCAUUUGAAAACAGUGUUUCUGCACUCCUGCGAGAAACUUCCAAUAAAUGCGUGGGUUGAGAACUGUGGUGGAUGUCUUUUAUUUAUGAUAGACAUGCUUGUCGAAUGUUUGAAUAGAAAAACGUUACCUAACUUCUUCAUAUCAGAAAAUAAUCUUAUUGACCAUUUUACCGAGGAACAAGCAAAAGAAGUUCUUGAUGUAUUGAAAUCCAUACGCGAGAACCCAUUACAUCCUGUUUUACAGUUUACGGACAGUAAAGUGAUGGGCUUACAAAGUUUGUCUACCCCAUUUAGAGAGCUUGUGUCUCCAGUAUUAGAAGACGCCGUAGAUUUCCUCGUCCAUCGCAACCUUCAACAAUCUGUAACAGCCGGGUUUUUAUCGGCUUUAUUUAAAAUGGUGUACGUUUUAGUCAUUGAACGAAAGCCUGAAGAAGCUGUUCUGUAUAUUAUUGAUGUUUAUCCUAUUAUAAACAAAUUCAGUCCAGGUGCCAUCAGUGUAGCUCAAAUUGUAGAUUCAAUUGGUAUGAACUUCGUAUCUGAUAUUCAAUUGACAGUGAAUCUUUUGGAAGAAGUUUUGAAAUUUUCCGAUGAACAUCCAGAUGUUUUAUUGCUAAGGGGAAAUUUAGCCUGCAUGUUCCAUGCGUUAGCAUACCAGCACCAACCUGAUACUGAUGAACACAUGUUAGCACUUGUUCAAGCCGAAACGCUUUUUAAUACCGUGGUGGACGUUGAAGAUAUAUAUUCUGCUACAGCUGUAGACUUUAGCUGUCUUUUAAUUCGACAGGGUCGGUUUGACGAGGCGGCAGAAAAACUUGACCGUUUCAUCGCUGAAGAAUUGAAACACCCUAGAAGUACACAUUGCUUUUAUAAGAAAGAAAUUACCGUGCUUGACCAAACGCUUCAAAAGGAAGCCAACGUCCACGGCAAGUUGUCAGUUAAUUCUCUUUCCGUGGCAUAUUAUCUUCUAGUAAAAUGUAUUAUAAAGGAUGACCUUACUUCAGCUGACCCGGAAGUAUAUCAUAAAAUAUUGCAGUACUUCAGCCGGCAUUGUCAUCUUAUCAACGAGUCUUCAUCGUUUUCACUUCUUGGUUAUACAAAUAUUCUAGUUGAGGACUGGCAAGCGGCAUGUACAGCUUUUGAGAUGGCAAUGGAAACUUGUGACGGGUCUGUUCGACUGGUUAAGGAUAAUAUUGCGUUCUGCAAAACAAAACUUCAACACAGUAAAGACAAUUAAA